UCGCGAGUCGCCAUAUUUGUUUCGCAGGGCUUUCUCUCGCGUGCUCGCAAGUUCAGCCCGGCUGACUCGGCUCGACGAUAAGAAAUCGCUAUUCCACCGCAAUGCUGAUACUUUUGUUUAUCGAUAUACAGAAUGCACUCAAUUAGUAAUCGAUUUUCACAGUGAUUUCAGUACAGACAGCAGGGAAAUAAAAUUACGCCUCGGGUUUGUGAUGAAAAAUGAGGAAACGCCGCAGAACGUGGAGGAGCAAGAGUGAUAUCGAUUUCGGCCAAUUACAAAAAGUACAACGACUGUACGCGUUUCGACACUACGGUUGUCUUCUUCAGCGUGUUAAAAUUGAGCCGACUAGGAUCCAGGUGCCAAUAACAACAAGAAGAGGAAGAAGCGUGUUAAAAACGGCGCACGAGAACGGUACGUGUACUACAGGACCGAUGAUACAACCACAGAAUGGGCCAGCGUUUCUUACAGUUUUAACAUUUGCAUGCGAAGCCUUGAUAGCGUGUGCCAGACAACUCGAUAUAAUGGACGAAGAAUGCGGCGAUGGAGAUUAUGGUACCGUACUUGCGCGUAGUGCCGGUGCCAUAAAGUUAGCGAUCAAGGAAGGGAGACUUUUAGCAACGAGACCUGCCACAACACUUGUACAAAUAAGCCACAUCAUUGAAAGAGAAACAGGCGGCUCGGAAGGUGGAAUAUACUCGUUGUUUUUCGACGCUGCUGCUAAAAGCUUUCUCAGGUUUCGUAAUGACGAGCAAAUGACUGCCAGUAUGUGGCUGGCCGCUCUAACAUCUGCAAACAAGAUGAUAUCUGAAGUUAGUGGAGCGUCAAUCGGCGAUCGAACCAUGUUGGACGCUCUGAUACCUGCGGAAAAUCGAUUGACACAAGCAUUGAAUUCUGGUUCGAAUUCUGUCGAUGCGUUCGGGGAAGCCGUCAAAGCUGCCGAAACUUUUGCAAUGCAAACUGUGCAUAUGUCGGGCACUCGGUCCGCCGACUCCGACCGCAAGACAUUGAAAUAUCCGGAUCCUGGAGCACACGCUGUGGGCAUAUGGAUGAGAGCUGCUUACGAAGCUGUCAAGUUGAAAUUUGCUUACAAACUUCAAGUAUAGAUAAAAGAAGAGGCAAUUUUCGUUCAUCUCUCCCUAAUAUUUUCCAUCUUACAAUCAGUAAGAUUACGUGUACUCGUAGAAAUGUACGAAAAAUUUAAUAAAUCCUACAAUCUGUUGGAUCACUUUGA